UGUGGGUAGUGUGCGGGUAGCGGAGCGGACAGCUGACAAUUUCGCUUACAGCCAAGUAAUUGGCGGAGGAAGGCAAGACCGUGAGUGACGAGCCAAGUGGCAAGUCAUUGGAACAUUUUCAGCAUCUUCCCAAGUUUUUUUCCUACACUGAGGGUUUGCAAACUUCAUUUCCCGGUACGCGGUGGCUGUUGAACCCAGCUUUCGAGCACUACUCAACGGGCGCUACGUCUCCGUAGACACGCCAACAUGAGUGAUUCUGGAGCUGACGUGAAGCUAUAUUCGGCUUGGUAUUGCCCGUUUGCGCAGCGUACUUGGGUGUCGCUGCUACUCAAAGGUGUGCAGUUUGAGUACGUGGAGGUUGACCCGUUUGCAAAGCCACCGGAGCUGCUAGCAGUGAAUCCUUAUGGCCAAGUGCCAGCUCUGACGUUCAAGGAUCAGAACAUUUACGAGUCGCUGGUCACCAUGGAGUUCCUGGAGGAUGCGUACCCUGACUCGGGCAGGCGAUUGCUGCCCGUCGACCCGGUGAAACGGGCACAUGUGCGCAUCUGGGCGGACUACUGUUCGAAGAAAAUCGUCCCGCUGUUCUAUCGGCUGCUGAAAACACGGGACACCGCAAAGCAAGAAGUGGCACGUCAUGAUCUGCUGGAACACAUACGUGUGAUCAUAAAGGCCAUGAACAGCCUGUCAGAAGACGGACCGUUCUUUGCGGGAGAUGAGCUCGGCUUUGCCGACCUGUCCGUUGCACCGUGGGUAGAGCGAUUCUACAUCCUGAAACAUCAUCGAGGAUUCGAGGUUCCUGGCAGUGUGAAUGACAAGGAUGGCGAGUACUACCGCUUCCACAAGUGGUGGGAAGCAGUUCGUGAAGUGCCAGAUUAUAAGGCGACGUGCGGUGAACGCGAACGGCUCCUGCAGUUCUACAUUGAAUACGCCAACAAGAAUGCCACGGAUUGAUGACCGAUUGUGCGUGGUGCCUUGGCUUCAGUUCAGGCCAACCCAUGUUCUCUUAGAAAUUAGAAUAGCUCUAUCGUGCAUCUCCAUUAUCGAGCAUCUCCUUCAAGUUUACAAGCACUAACUGGUUCCCAAGAGACCAUCAUCACUGCUUACUCUGGCUGCAGUGGUCUGUUCCUGUUCAUGUUUUAUGCUGACGGUUUCCUAGGUUCUACAAGUAGUCGCUGGCAAACGUCUUUGCUGCCUUGCCGCAUAGCUUGAAUGGAAUUAGCUUCCCCUCUACUUGAUCACAUACUUGAGUUUCUAGUGUUCAGUGAUGCAGGCUUGCCCUAUCAACAAACGUUUUGAGAUUCGUUAGUCUGAGGAAGAGUACAUACUCUUGGUUUGAGGGAAUGAAAGAUUGAUGAAACGAAGUAAACAUUGCUCGCGUAUGGGUAUGCCUGCACAUCAUUGAUGUGAACUUCCAGCGGUGACAGGCGCAGCUCAGAGGAGGAGGAGGAUCGCUUUUGAUGACAUCACCAUCAUGCAGCACUUGUAUGACUACAUGUAGUCGCCUCCAUCAAUCUAUUGGUACUGCUAUGAGCUCGAGGACGUGAGCAGGCACUCCAUAGAUAACUUUCACCAGUUCUGCAACGAGAUGAUCACAAGACGAACUUAAUUCCACUCGGCACAGCUGCGACGAAUGAAAAUACAUGAACUCGGAUGUGUGAGGCUUCCUGCAGAUUUUACGAAUCUUCAAACCCAAUAACGUUUGAGCCCAGAUCCUCGCACUCGCCUGAGUCGUAUCAUACUUGUAUGCAGGAGCAAGACGGUCUUCACUAUGACCAUGAUGGCAGUGCCAGUAUACUGUCUCCUGCAGAAACAUAUUUAGAAAACAAGCUUGAUUUUCAAGAUGGACUUUUGGUGCAUA